GCCACCAUGCCCGGCUAAUUUUUGUAUUUUUAGUACAGAUGGGGUUUUACCAUGUUGGUUAGGCUGGUCUUGAACUCCUGACCUCUUGAUCCGCCCUCCUCGGUCUCCCAAAGUGCUGGGAUUACAGGCGUGAGCCACCAUGCCCGGCGUGUGGAUUUUUUAAGCUAUUCAAAUUUAGACUAGACUUGAAUCCGGAGCAGUGUGCGUGAGAACCCCUAUCUGCACAUCCAGCUUUCUCCGGGCUGGCUAGUGACUGAAAGCGACAGCCCAGAUUUGAGAAAACGAAACCUAGUGCAGCCAGGGCACUUCCGGGAUCUCGCUAUCCGGACGCCACCCGCAGCUGCAGCAGAGCCAUGGCCCAGGCGUCGCCGUUCCGACCCAAGAGGGUGGACGGCGCCGGCAGCCCGGAAGCCCAACCCGCGCAGGAAUUGCUCAUCCUUCCCACCGGUGUCUUUCAGGUUGCAGAAAAGAUGGAAAAAAGGACUUGUGCACUCUGCCCCAAAGAUGUCGAGUAUAAUGUGCUGUAUUUUGCACAAUCAGAGAAUAUAGCUGCUCAUGAGAAUUGUUUGCUGUAUUCUUCAGGACUUGUGGAAAGUGAGGAUCAUGAUCCACUUAAUCCUGAUAGAAGUUUUGAUGUGGAAUCAGUAAAAAAAGAAAUCCAGAGAGGAAGGAAGUUGAAAUGCAAAUUUUGUCAUAAAAGAGGAGCCACCGUGGGAUGUGAUUUAAAAAACUGUAACAAGAAUUACCACUUUUUCUGUGCCAAGAAGGACGACGCAGUUCCACAGUCUGAUGGAGUUCGAGGAAUUUAUAAACUGCUUUGCCAACAACAUGCUCAAUUCCCGAACAGCGCUCAAAGUGCUAAGUUUUCAGGAGUGAAAAGAAAAAGAGGAAGGAAGAAACACCUCUCAGGCAAUCAUAUACAGUCACCCGAAACAAUGAAAUGUAAUACAUUCGUAAGCCAAGUGAAAGAAGAGCAUGGUAGACACACAGAUGCAACUGUGAAAGUUCCUUUUCUUAAGAAAUGCAAGGAAGCAGGACUGCUUAAUUACUUACUUGAAGAAAUAUUAGACAAAGUUCAUUCAAUUCCAGAAAAACUCAUGGAUGAGACUACUUCAGAAUCAGACUAUGAAGAAAUCGGGAGUGCACUUUUUGACUGCAGAUUGUUCGAAGACAUAUUUGAAAAUUUUCAAGCAGCAAUAGAGAAAAAAAUUCAUGCAUCUCAACAAAGGCGGCAGCAGUUGAAGGAAGAGAUUGAGCUACUUCAGGACUUAAAACAAACCUUGUGCUCUUUUCAAGAAAAUAGAGAUCUUAUGUCAAGUUCUACAUCAGUAUCAUCCCUGUCUUAUUAGGGAUUACCAUUUCCUAAGCCAGGAGUCAGGCCAAAUUGCAAUCGGGGCUCAAAACCAGAGACCAGGCUGUGAAAUCCACACAUCUUUAGAACUAGUUGUCUCUUCUUCGCCCCGGCAGCUCUUCCAUGUUCUUGCUGGUUGAUAUUUUGAUCACUCUUUGUACACUCUUACUUGUGUUUUUUGUUCACUGUCACAUUCCCAGCACCUAAUAUGCUCAGUAAAUGUUUGUGGAAUAAGUGCAUAAAAUGUUAUUAACCUUUGAUUCUAGUUACAGCCCAUGAUGCUUCUUAGAUAUAAUAAAUUUGGAUUAUACUACUUUA